AUGGAUGCGAUCGCGAGCGCCGGCCUCAAGAGGAAGUUUGAGGAUGCGGACGUGGGCUCGCCGGGCUCCAACUCGGACGACGAGAUCUCCAACAGUGACAGCGCCGAUAGCUGCGACAGCGUCAACCCCUCCAGCUCCACCGGCUUCAUACCCACCUCCAUCCUGAAGCGACAGAAGCAGCUUCGCAGGAAGAAUGUCCGCUUCGACCAAGUGACCGUCUACUACUUCGCCCGACGCCAGGGCUUCACCAGCGUCCCCAGCCAGGGCGGCAGCUCCCUGGGCAUGGCCCAACGCCACAACUCCGUCCGCCGCUACACGCUCUGCGAGUUCGCCCAGGAGCAGGAGGUUAAUCACCGGGAGAUCCUACGGGAGCACCUCAAGGAAGAGAAACUCCAUGCCAAGAAAAUGAAGCUCACCAAGAACGGCACGGUGGAGUCGGAGGAGGCGGACGGCCUGACGCUGGAGGACGUCUCGGACGACGACAUCGACGUGGAGAACGUGGAGGUGGAUGACUAUUUCUUCCUGCAGCCGCUGCCCACCAAACGCCGCCGAGCUCUGCUGCGAGCCUCUGGUGUUCACCGCAUCGACGCCGAGGAGAAGCAGGAGCUGCGGGCCAUCCGCCUGUCCCGGGAGGAGUGCGGCUGCGACUGCCGCCUCUACUGCGACCCGGAGGCCUGUGCCUGCAGCCAGGCGGGGAUUAAAUGCCAGGUGGAUCGCAUGUCCUUCCCCUGCGGCUGCUCCCGGGACGGUUGCGGUAACAUGGCCGGUCGGAUCGAAUUCAAUCCCAUCCGGGUGCGGACUCACUACCUCCACACCAUCAUGAAGCUGGAGCUGGAGAACAAGCGUCAGGGCGGGCGGCCACCGGCGCCGGAGGAGGAGGCGGCCGCCGCCGCUGCUCACAGCUCCACCGGCGACUGGCUGGGGCCGCAGCCGGCUGAAACGCAGGACUUCCAGGAGUUUAUGGCGGAGAACGAGACGGCCGUCAUGCACCUGCAAACAGCAGAGGAGUUGGAGAGGCUGAAGGCUGAGGAAGACUCCAGCAACAGCUCUGGCGUGGAGAGCUUGGGCGUUUGCAUCCUGGAGGAGCCCCUGGCUGUGCCAGAGGGUUUGUGCCCGGGUCUCGCCGCUCCCAUCCUCAUCCAAGCCCAGUUACCGCCGGGCUCGUCCGUCCUCUGCUUCGCCGACGGCGCGGAGCAGGCGGCCUCGGCGGUGGGCGACCAGCCCUACUUGAACGAUGGGCCUGUGGUCUACUACCAGGUGGAGCAGAGGCCGGUGCUGGGCGCCAAGGGCGAGAGCAGCCCGGCGGAGCCGCCGGCACCAUCCUCCUGCCCGGGCGAGAAGGACCUCGGCGUCCUCCCCGUCCCCGUGGUGACUUGCAGCCGAGCCGCCACUGCUGCGAGCAAGGGGGAAGCAUCCAAAAAUCCUCCCUCGUCCCCGGAGGCUGCGCCGUCCUCCGAGGGCUGCCAAGCGGCGGCUGCUCCCCGCUGCCCGCACUCCCCGUCCCCCGUGCCACCGGAGCAAGCUCCGGAGCGGGCGCGUGAGCCGCCCUCCGCCGAGGAGCACUCGCUGGGGCCCGUCCUGCCCGUGUGA